GACAUGCCUCCGACGGGCAUCACCGUCGUGACCGGCUUCCUCGGCGCCGGGAAGACGACGCUCGUGAACUACGUCUUAAACGCGGACCACGGGUAUCGCAUAGCGGUCAUCCUGAACGAGUUCGGCGCCGAGCUCGGCGUGGAGAAGAUGCUCGUGCAGGACAAGAAAGGCGGCGACGACGACGCAGCGGUCGAGGAGUGGGUGGAGAUGAACAACGGCUGCGUGUGCUGCACCGUGAAAGGGAGCCUGAUACAGACGAUAGACUCGCUCAUGGAGCGCCGCGCGCGGAGCGGGAAAAAGUUCGACUUCAUCCUCCUCGAGACGACCGGGCUCGCGGACCCCGGACCGGUCGCGCAGGAGCUCUGGGUCGACGACGAGCUCCUCGAAGAAGACGGCGCGGUCCUCGACGCGGUCGUCACCCUCGUGGACGCGUCGAACAUCGCGAAGCAGCUCAGAGAGGGGAAAGAGGCGGCGCUGCAGAUCGCGCACGCGGACGUGAUCGUCCUGAACAAGCUCGACCUCGUCUCCGAGAGCGACGCGGACGAGAUCGAGCGAACGCUGUCCACGAUGAACGCGGAGGCGAAGAUCGUCCGGUCGACGCGAAGCGUCGUCGCGCUGGAGCACGUUUUGAACCAAGGCGCGGCGACGGGGCGCGGGUUCUGGGCCAAGGGCGUGGAGAGGUACAUGCCGGGGAACGUCGCCGCGAGCGCGGUGCACGACGCCGGCAUACGGACGGUGUGUCUCGCGGUCGAGGGGCGGAUCGACGUCCGGAAGUUCGAGACGUGGCUGGAGGGGUUGCUGUGGGAGGGGACGAAGCUGGCGGUGCUCCGAGCGAAGGGCGUCCUGUUCGCGCACGACGACGACGGCGCGACGGAGGCGAAGAAAAUACUGCAGGCGGUCAGGGAAGUGUACGAGAUCACCCCGGGGCCGCCGAGCGAGCCGGGGGAGAGGGAACUGAACAAGGUCGUCCUCAUCGGCCGCGGGUUG